GCCUUCAUCGUUCAGCCGAUAAUCACGGGGCGAAAUAACUUGUAAGAGAAAAGUGCCGAUACCCCCGCGAAUAUGGCGCCAUCUCUGGAGGAAAGUCUCGGGGAAAAGUUGGUCGAAAACCGUUUUGGGAUGGGCACAAGGGAAUAGAGUUUUGAUAGAAUCCCUAUCGGGAAAUUGUGAAGUGCGUGACAUACAGAAAGACAAUUGGAAAUACGACCUAUAUCUGCAGUUGUUUCAUGAAUUAUAGAGAAUCAUCAAAUUGGAAUUAUGAGAAUUGUCUCAAUUUGAGUUACAUGAACAUAGUGAGAACUAUAUCAUCCCCUCCGGGAUGUGGACUAACUCUGAAGGAAUAAUACGGAGAAAAUUCUAGUUGAAACGCAGAAAAUCAAUCGCAAAUCCAUUAAAUGUUUAAAAUGUAAUGCGUUAGGAUAUAACCUCUGCAAUUGAAGAGACUAUAUUGACUAAAACAAAUGUCUUUAUAGGUGCUGGUAUAUUUUAAGAGACUCGCGAAUAACCUUCUUGAACCCAAACAAGAAAAUGAAAUGCUUGACUACAAUUGUUUUCCCUCCGAAUGGUCGAUUUUCAUCCAUUUUUCUAUUAUUCAGACCAACUAAACAAUGUUUCAAUUUAUCGUACACAGUUGGUCAAGAAACGCCAAUUGCAUCCUUGAUGCAGAGUUUUUCCGGACAAGCAGGUGUACCCAGCACAUUCAGCCAAGUGAUCGUUCUAAGCUCGCUAUAAAAGCUAGCCGGCAGGUGGAUGAAGAAGGCAAUUGUUUGUUGCAGCUUCCGGUUGAAAGUUUGGAAUCAUAUGACAAGCUAGUCGUUGAUUUCCAUUUUGAAGCUCAACUUCGUACAAAAACAACGACACUCGUAAGAAUAAGCAAUCGCUUCCCACAGAUCGCAAUGAUUCGUUUUUGGAUGGUUUGGCUGAUGGCUGUUAAAACGACCCCCGUAGUUUCGUCGACUUUUCGUGAAAAGAAUGUUGGCUUAAUGAACCGCGUUCAUUUGAAAUUUGCUGUUAGUCAUCUGCCACCAUUCGACGUGCUUACUUUGGGGAAAGACGGAAAUUACACCAACCACGGGAUCAGCCCAAUACUUUGCAAAUGGCUCACUGACAAACUGAACUUUACUAUUUCCUAUUAUUACAUACCCAACAAAUACACAAACGCAAAAUACGGGGCCGUUAGUGACGCUGCUGUCAUCCUUAAUCUCUUCGUGGACAAGGAAAUCGAUGGAUCGACUAUGGGUUUGAUUGCAACUCCAGAGAGGAAAAAAAUGAUUGAUUUAGCAUACUUCAUGUGGACAGAGCCGUUUAAUAUGAUCGUGCCUAAACCAGGAGAAGAACCUCGUCUUUUUGCAUUUAUCAAACCAUUUCAAUCCUGGGUGUGGCUACUCAUAUUUAUCACGAUGCUCGCUGUGGUCGUCUUUAUGAGCCUUUUCUCGAAACUACAUCUGCAAUUCUACUCAAAUGGUAGCCGUCAUAAUUCUCCCGUGUCAUCUCAAGAAAUGACGACCAUCUUUGGACGUAUCAGCGUUUAUUCCAUGUACAUCGUCAACACCAUGACAAAUCAAGGAAAUUCAGUUCCUGGUGCACGCUUUUUUUCAUCCCAAAUGCUUAUUGGGAUGUGGCUAUUAAUCGCAACCGUGUUGGUCAACAGCUAUUCUAGCACCAUCAUUUCGUACUUGACCGUACCGAGAAUGAAACCCCCUAUAAACACAUUUGAAGAUCUGGCCGCUAGUCAGGAUGUCAGCCUCGUUUUGCUGGCGGAUAACGUGAUCGGCCAGCACAUACUGGAUGCCAAAUCUGGUGUGCUGAAAAUUUUAAGUGGACAUAUUCAGAAUAACCGUGGCCAGGUAUUAAGGAAUAUACAAACAAUCAGCGAAGCCCUGGAAACUGGAAACUACGCCUUUCCAUUUCUCAAAACAUUCUGCCUCAAUUUCAUCGCUAGUCAAUUCAAAAAGGAAGGCAAAUGUCGAUUUCAAGACACCGAUCCUCUACCUUUUCAGCCCGGAUUUUGGUCUUUGCCUUUACCGAAAAACAGUAGAUUUACUCCAAUGUUUCAUUACGCUCUGGUGGAAUUGUGGGAAACCGGUCUGCCUCAAUACUGGGUGAAAAACGCCUUGCCACGAGCGCCAAAAUGUUUCGCCAAAAUUAAAUUUAAACAGAAUUCAGCCCGACAAGUUCCAAUUCAAUUAAACGAUCUAACGGGGGCAUUCCUUAUUUUAGGCAUCGGUGUCGGGCUGACGACGUUCACCUUUCUCGUGGAAAAAAUGUAUCAUUUCAUAUGCCGAGGGAAUUCGACAACAGUUCGCUAUUUUUAAUUUGACGUCAUCGAAUUUGAUGAACCUCACAUCUCUGUUAUCAAACCUUGUUUGUACAUGUUUCGUUGUCCUUUAUGUUUGUAUAAUCCAUACACUUUUCCCCCCUGUCUGUGUCUAAAAGACAUCCUCUAUAUAAGAAAUCCUCUCCUCUCACGCAGCACUAACUGAUUCAUUAACAUUUUACUUCAAUAGAAUUUUCUUUCAUCUUUUUUGUAAUGGCCCAGAGUCACCCGGAUUUGAUCACUUCAUUCAAACGAGUUGUUCACAAUUACAAAGAAACUAGUCUGACAGAUGAUUUGUCUUCUGCCAUUUCUAAACAAUCAAUUGUAUAAUAUAAGACCGUGCGCAUAUAUACUAUAGCCUACCCGCAUCAGAAUAUUUACAACGCACAACAGGAUUCACUAAGUAACUUACAAACCUGAAUGUCAGGUAGUGGAGCACAAAUGCUAAACGUAAAGGUCAAUAACUCGAUUGAGGACAAAAACGUUCAAAAUAUAUUUCUGAAAAGAGAAUUGUGCCAAUCGCUUGUUAUAUUAGACGGACCAUAGAAUCA